AUGUCUAGCGAGAAAGUGGAAACAGGUGCCACCAAGGCCACCGGUGCACCUCAUGGCGUUCCAGUCUUGGGUGCUUCCGGAAGACGGAUCGUCUACGAUGAGAACGGAAAACCUUGUCGCUCUUGUAACACUCUGUUAGAUUUCAAGAUGGUAGCUGGUAAACAGAAAGCUUCAGAUGUGACGUCCAAGACUGCUGGUGCUGCUACUUUGGCCUCUAUUGCGGCUCCAGCCCAGCAAGAGCCCAAGGACUGCCCACCAGACGUGGAGCAACUUGGCAGAUCUUCCUGGACCCUUCUUCAUUCUAUAGCUGCAACAUAUCCAGAAACUCCAUCCCAAGAACAACAGUCAGACUUGAAGUCUUUUGUGAACAUCUUCUCACGGAUCUACCCAUGCUGGUUCUGUGCUGGGGACUUCCGCGAGUAUAUCAAGCGUGAGGAGCCUAAGGUGAAAACCCAGGAAGAGUUUGGUAAAUGGUUGUGCGAUGCUCACAAUGAGGUCAACGUCAAGCUUGGAAAACCCAAGUUUGACUGCAAUUUGUGGAAACAGAGGUGGAAAGAUGGAUGGGAAGAUGGCAGUUGUGACUGA